UGCCCCCGCGUGGAACUUUGUCCCGCCUGUGGGUUCCAGAUCGGAGACUUGGGCUGCUGAUCAAUACAGCUCCCCACAUGUGUGAUCUAAUCAAGCAUUUUCUCCUCUCUCCAAGGCGGCAGCGUUUUAUGGCAUCUCCUCUCUGCCAGGCUCACCCGGCUUCUCUGGGUUAUAAACUUUUGAUGCCAGACCUCUGCAGAACCUGCCCAACCGCAUUGUAAAGUAGCAUCUCGGAGACAGAGAGGCAGAGGCAGAGCUAUCCGUGACCUUCAUCCCGCACCUUCCUUCCUGCUCUCCCUUCCAGGCUGCCUCCCGCCUCCCCGGGGAGCGUCAAGAAAGCGCUUUUUAGAUGCAGGAGGGGCCUCUGGUUCUGCCAGGCUGGAGAGCUGAGGCAGAAGAACCACUAGACUCCGGAGAGCCUGGACUCGCUUCUCCUCCCUCCGCCCGCCCGGCUCGCUCAUCCCUGCCUCUCCCCACGCCGCUGCCUGAGCCCCGCUGGCGUGUGGGGCGGGGCACCAGGACCCUGCUGCGGCCGGCGUUCGGGGAAGUUGUGACUGUCGAGGAUGGGGGUCUGUGGGUACCUGUUCCUGCCCUGGAAGUGCCUCGUGGUCGUGUCUCUCAGGCUGCUGUUCCUUGUACCCACAGGAGUGCCCGUGCGCAGCGGAGAUGCCACCUUCCCCAAAGCUAUGGACAACGUGACGGUCCGGCAGGGGGAGAGCGCCACCCUCAGGUGUACCAUAGACGACCGAGUCACUCGGGUGGCCUGGCUAAACCGCAGCACCAUCCUCUACGCUGGGAAUGACAAGUGGUCCAUAGACCCUCGUGUGGUCAUCCUGGUCAACACACCAACCCAGUACAGCAUCAUGAUCCAGAAUGUGGAUGUGUAUGACGAAGGCCCAUACACCUGCUCUGUGCAGACAGACAACCACCCCAAGACCUCGCGGGUCCACCUCAUCGUACAAGUCCCUCCACAAAUCAUGAACAUCUCCUCAGAUAUCACUGUGAACGAGGGAAGCAGCGUGACCCUGCUGUGUCUUGCUAUUGGCAGACCAGAGCCAACUGUGACGUGGAGACACCUGUCUGUCAAGGAAGGCCAGGGCUUUGUGAGUGAGGACGAAUACCUGGAAAUCUCUGACAUCAAACGUGACCAGUCGGGGGAGUAUGAAUGCAGCGCCUUGAACGAUGUGGCUGCUCCUGAUGUGCGGAAAGUCAAAAUCACUGUAAACUACCCUCCCUAUAUCUCAAAAGCCAAGAACAUGGGUGUGUCCGUUGGUCAGAAGGGCAUCCUGAGCUGUGAAGCAUCUGCCGUGCCCACCGCUGAAUUCCAGUGGUUCAGGGAAGACACCAGGCUAGCCACCGGCCUGGACGGCGUGAGGAUUGAGAAUAAAGGGCGCAUAUCCACUCUGACUUUCUUCAAUGUUUCAGAAAAGGAUUAUGGGAACUAUACUUGUGUGGCCACAAACAAGCUUGGGAACACCAACACCAGCAUCACACUGUAUGGGCCUGGAGCAGUCAUUGAUGGUGUAAACUCGGCCUCUAGAGCGCUGGCUUGUCUCUGGCUAUCAGGGACCCUCUUUGCCCACUUCUUCAUCAAGUUUUGAUAAGAAACCAUAGGUUCUCUGAGCAACGCCUGCUUCUCCAUAUCACAGACUUUAAUCUACACUGCGGAGGGCAAACCAGUUUGGGCUUCUUUUUGUUUCUUUGUUUCUGAUAUUCUCUCUUGAUUUUUUAAAAUUUUUAUUCUUCAGUUUUGUUUGUUCAUUUGACUUUUUUUUUCCCAGUUGCAAUGAGUGGGGUUGGGGGAGGGGAGGGCAGGGUUCUACCGUGUGUAGGCUAAUCAUUCACUGGUGUGUCCCAAAAUGGAAUCUGUUCCUGCUCCCUGGGUUCUUUCCUUUUCUCUGCUUCCCUCCCCAUCAUCAUCACCACCAACCUCUCCUGUCCCACAUACCAAAACAUGAGCUCCAUUUGGGCAAAACCGUGCCUCGUGAUAAACACCCUGAAGACACAACUUGACUUAUAAUGUAGUGCACAGCAAGAGUUAUAUCCAAGUGUCCUAUUAUCUGUGUAUUUUAAGCUUUGGAUCAUUUUCCUGAUUACAAUGUACAUAUCCCUCUCUCCAUGUUUAUUAUUAUCUAAU